AUGGCUGGACGAAAAUGUGUUAUUGAACCGUCAUUGGUUAUCGAUGCUGUAAUUUUCUUUAAGGAAUCAGUUAUUCUCACCGACGAAAAUGGUGAAAAAAGUAAGUUAAGAAAGAUUAUUACAUUUUUAAUUAGAAUUAUCAAGUUGCUGUUGCUACUGACAGUAUGGUCUGAUAUCAGCUCAAAGCUUGAUAAUCGAAUGUCAGCUAGUGCUAUCCAUACAUUUGUGUAUAAAGGUAGACAUAGGAUUAAGGAACAACUAGGAUUUCUACCACCGACAACAUUUCCUGUUUCUGCAAAUAUUAUUGAUGAAAAUCAAUUGUCAAACGGAUCGGGUACGUAA